AUGAGUACCUUUGCACAGAGUAAUUACGCCGCGCACAAUUACAAGAACUUUAGACCAGUCUACCCGCCUCAAUUUUAUGAGUAUCUCAAGAAGCAUUUCGUGUCCAAACCGAACUUGGCCAUUGACUUGGGCUGUGGUACCGGCCAGGCAACGUUCGAGCUAGCGAACCUCGCUGAGAGCGUUGUAGGAGUUGAUAACUCUGCGACAAUGAUUGAUCAGGCGCGCGCAUCAAGCCAUCCAGACAAUGUGAGCUUCCGCGUGGGCAAUGACCGUACAUUUGCCGAUGGCGUUUCCCCUGACUCGGUAGAUUUGAUCACGGUUGCCGAGGCAGCGCACUGGUUCGAUUUAGCGCCAUUCUACAAAACGGCCCAUGAAAUCCUUCGCAAGGAUGGCAUUCUGGCAAUUUGGGGAUACUGUGAUCAGACAAUUCAGGAGUACCCUGCUGUCUCUGAUAUCACUGAAAAGUACUCUUAUCACCCGGACUACCUCGGUAAGUUCUGGGACCAAGGCCGAGAUCGACUGCAUCACUUUUAUAGUGACGACAAAAUCCCCGACACUUUAUUUCGCGACGUCGAGUACCGCUUCAAUAGCUCCAAGGAACUUUCACCGCAAGAGAAGCUUGAGAUCAGUAAACAGAUGACCUUCAAAGAGUUCAUGGACUAUUUCCGUACCUAUUCGGCAUAUCAUACCUGGCUGGCUGCUCGUGGAGGCUCUGAGGAAGACAUAUUCGAUCGCAUGCAGAGAGAAAUCAUGGAUCGAACCGGGCUCAAGCUCGAGAGUACUAUCACUGUCAAAUGGAAUACUGUUUACAUGUUUGGUCGAAAGUAA